AUGCCUGAUCGGUGUAACUCCUGUCUUUUAGUUGUUUUCACUGCACGGCUGUUGGCUAAGGGUUCAGAAUGUUCGAUGACUGUCAAGAUGUGAAGAUGAAUUCACAGCACAGCAUGUUAAGAAUAAUAAAAUGAACAAAAAGACGAAAAGGAGAGGACUGAGUGUGUGUAAAGGUGCAUAGUGCAUUCCAGACCUGUGCGUCAUUUCCUUGUUGCUGCUGACGUUAAGUCAGUUUCUGCCUCGCAUGGUUCAUAUUGCUCACACACACACACUCAUACUCAUAUCUCUGAAACAUCUGUCUGCUAAAGAGCAGAAGAAAAAGAAAGGAUUUGAAAGACUAUGGUAAGGAAACAGAGAGAGGAGGAAGGAUGAGGCCUCUGUUCAAAGCUGAGCUGAGCUACAUAGACCACGUGCAACAGAGAAAUAGUUUUUCCUUAGGGAGCACAGAGGAUGGGGAGAGAGAGGGAGAGAGAGAGAGAGAGAGAAGGACGGAGGCAGGGAGGAAAGUCUGUGAAGGUGGCAGUCAGCCAAAGGCAGAUUUAAGAAGUGCGUUCUGUGUGUUGGAGUGUUGGAUUAGACAGAGCUAAACACACUUUCUCCACGGAAAAGGUGGCUUUGGAGCCGAGACAGCUAUGCAGGACUCAACCUGGGAUUGCAGGCAUACAGUAAGCCACAGAGAUGGCAUUGGUCCAGUCUCUCCCAGUCACCACUGACCACCAAGCUCCAGGCCUGGAGGCCCGUCCACAUCGUUCCUCUCCAGUUUCACCCACCCCUCUUGGGGCCAUGGGGUCUGUGAGCAGCCUCAUACCAAGCCAUGCCGCAUACCAUGGCCGGACCAACCUGGAGGUCACAGCUAAACUCAGACGGGGUACACCAGGCUCGGGCCGGCUCCUCUCUGACUCUUCACACGAAGGUCUGCUUGGGAGUCGAACACCGUCGAGCAAGAGGAAGGCCAUUGCAAGUCGAGGGAAAGGAAUUGGCGGGCGAUCGUACUCGCAUGAAGACUUGAUAACUGACUGGAAUGAUAACUGGUUGGACUCAGUACGGGGCGGAGGGGAGAUGCCAGUGGAUGGGCCUCCUAAGCUAGUCCCUGUGUCCGGGCAGUUGGAGAGGAACAUUCAGCAGGCCAUUAUCCGACCGACAGCCUUCAAGCCUGUCGUGCCAAAGAGCAGGAAUGCCAUGCAAUACCUCUCACCACGGCUAGGUGGCGGCCUGUCAGGGAGCCAGGGAAACCUCAACCUGUUGUCUCCAGAUCAGGACAUCACCCCUGUAACCACAGAGCGACGCAGUUCCUACAGUGGAGCUCGAAAUGGGCUGCUCAGCCAGUCCUUCACCAUGUCAGACUCAGCCCGGAACUCUUUAACUAAUCUUCCCACAUACAGUGGCCCUGUAUAUAACUUGAACCAAGUGGAAGCUACCAAGCCUGUACUUAGCCAUGGACACUCCAAUUCAGACAGUGGACGUUCGUCCUCUAGCAAAAGCACUGGGUCUCUGGGAGGCCGUAGUCAACCAGGCAUAUCAGACAUGGGGUCUGGUGGACCUUCCCCUCCACCUAUAGAGGCUUAUGAGGCCAUUGUGAGAGACUUGGAGGAAAAACUGAGGGAGAGAGAGCUGGAGCUGCAGCAUCUAAGAGAAAACCUGGAUGAAAAUGAGGUAGCGAUUUGCCAGGUAUAUGAGGAAAAGCAGAAACGCAGUGAGUUGGAGAUGGAAGAACUGCGACAGAGUUGUGCCACUAAGAUGCAGAAGGCAUCGCAGAAAGCACAGCGGGCACAACAGCUGCUGCAAUUGCAAGUCUUCCAGCUCCAGCAAGAUAAGAAGAAGCUGCAGGAGGAUUUCUCACAGCUUCUUCAGGAGAGGGAGCGGCUCGAGGAGCGCUGCGCCUCCUUUGAACGGGAACACACACAGUUGGGGCCCAGACUGGAGGAGACCAAAUGGGAGGUGUGUCAGAAAUCAGGUGAGAUCUCUCUGCUGAAGCAGCAGCUGAAGGACCUGCAGGCGGAUCUGGCUCAGCGGGUGGGAGAAGUGGUGACUUUGCGUGGGCAGCUGCGUGAGGUCCGAGCCGAGCUGCAGAAUACCCAGGCCCAGCUGCAGGAGGCGCACACGCACUCGCGCACACGCACCCUGGAGCUGGAGGUGUGCGAGAACGAGCUACAGCGGCGCAAGAGCGAGAACGAGCUGCUGCGCGAGAAGAUGAACCGGCUGGAGGAGGAGCUGACGCGCAUGCGUGAAGCUCUGAGUGAAUACGCAGAGGAUCCGCCUCUCACGCGCGCUCACGAAGCAGGGAUAAGCCCCGGAUAUAGAGGAGGAGGGGGCGGAGCAAUAGCAGAGGAGCAAAGGCUGGCUAGCGAUGGCGAGGAGGUCAAAGGUCAACGCGAGAGUUCCAGACAGCACCUGGACAGGCUGAAGGCAGAGCUGGCACGAGAGAGACAGCUCAUGCUGGACCAGGCCACUGCGUUUGAGAGCGAGCGUAGGUGCUGGGAGGAAGAGAAGGACAAAGUGAUCCGCUAUCAGAAACAGCUGCAGCAGAACUACGUACAGAUGUACAGGCGCAACCGCGAACUUGAGACGGCUCUGCGCGAGCUCAGCCUCGAGCUGGAGAAGCGAGAGCAGGACGACGAGAGCAGCGGUAACGAGAUCACUUUCGACGACGUUGCUGCAACCGAGAUAUAACACUCUUUUAAACCUACAGGGCUGUUGAGUCUACGCCUUUUGAAAUGCAAGGACGUGCUUCUUAAGCAGGUCAACACAUCUGAUUAACAAGUAGUUACCUAGGAGACAUUAUUUGAGAGAACUCAAAUGACUGAGACAAACAUUUUGAAACUGACAUAUAAUAAAUAGGAAACCUAGACAAUAUUGGGCCUCACAGCAAGAUGGGCCUGGGUUCGAUUCCCCACCCGGGCAACCAGGGUCCCCUCUGUGAGGAGUUUGAAUGUUCUCCUUGUGUCUGCGUGGGUGCUCCAGUCUUCCUCCCACAUUCCAAAGACAUGUAGGCCAAUUGGAGUCACUAACUUGCCCCUAGGGGUGUGUGUGUGUGUGUGUGAGUGAACCUGUGUGUCUGCCCAGCGAUGGACUGGCGACCUGUCCAGGGUGUUUCCUGCCUCCCACCCAAUGAACGCUGGGAUAGGCUCCAGCACCCCCCCCCACGACCCAGGAGGAUAAGUGGCUUAGAAGAUGAAUAAAAAAAUAGAUAACAUUUCUAAAGCAAAACACACACAAGAAAGCAAGAAUACGAUUAAUUCUGCUAAAACUAGCAUUUCCUGGCAUUUUUUCAUUUCCCUGCUUUCUUGGGGAAACGUGCCAGUUUUUCAAUUUAAACACCCAAUUCAAAAACACAAAACGUGUUGCACAGACUAGAAGAAUGCUUUCUUGAAAAGUCAUUCUUCUGAGAGCUACGAAAAACAUUGUACGUCAUUACAGCUGACCAGUUCAAUAUUGUGGUAGUUUUGUCCAUUUUUGAUCACCUGGAGUUCUGGUUCAACUAAACAUGAAAAAGGAGUUUUCAAUUUAUUUUUUAAGUCAGUUUUGAAAUGUUAAUCGUUUGUCUUUCACAUUCUCUCAAAUCGCUUUCUCGCGUUUGCCUACUUGUCAGUCAGAUCAAAGCUUUCCCCAUUUAGAAGCACGUCCUGCUUCUUUUUUGGGCCGGAAACAUACUUGACGCAAGAGAGUGAAUUCAAAUGACAGUGCCCAGCCAACGCAUUGCAAAUGCACCUUCCUGCUGUACACACCCAGCUUGCGCUCUUAUGUUACUAUGGUGGUUAAAACACUCAGUAUUCACAGGGGCGAUAGAAGAAAAAUCAGAGCACCUGUAAGCAGGGUCUGCUUUUAUUCCGACAGCCACAACUGUGCUGCUUUAUUUGUCAAACUGAUAGUCCAGAUAAAAGCACAAUGGCAGUACAAGUUACCCAGGCUUUGCUCUAGUGCCCUUCAUUGCAAUGCUCAGAAUGCAGCUUGUGCUUGCAUUAUGAACUGAGUUGUGACACAUUUUAGAAUGCAACGGCACACAAAACUGUGUUUAAGUAAUUUGAAGCAUUUGCGCUCACGUGCUUGCGUGAAGUAUGUUUCUGGCCUUAAGCGUGUUUAAAAAGGCAUCAUCUGAACGCCCACUGACGCGACUCAGAACAUACAAAAGAGCAGCACAAGUAACCCAUUUACAUAACACUAUCAUACUGGAAAUCACUGCACACUCAUACACUGCCUUUCAAAAGUUUAGGGACACCUCACCUUCUUUUAGAGAUCAGAUGUUAGAUUUUCAGAUUACGUUUCAAUGAGAAAGAUUUCGAGUUUUGUCAACCGAAAACAGUCAUUUACUAACAAUUUGCCAUGUUUUGAAACACUUUGACUGUUUUCUUUGCCAAACUGUCGUUAAAAGCACUUAUUAAAACUCUUUUAGCCCAAAGGAGGUUUAAACGCCUGAAAGGUUUGAGUGCUGCUGAGUGCUGACGUCAGGGAAUGAAAUGUGUGAGCUUUAGCAUUUUUCCCAACGUAGCACUGUCACUAUUAUUGUCACAAAUAUGUACAUGAGAUUUUUUCCUCAAAAUAAACCUGCUCAGAUUUUAAUAUGUUAAGUUUUUACAAACUGACAAAAAGAAAACAUGCUCAUUUGUAAAAACAUCUUUCAAAAGCUGAGUCACUAAACUUUUAACAGGCAGUAUUUGUGACCCUACAGAGAUCAUUAAUAUAAUAUGGAUUAAUUAUAUUUGAAUACAUGUUUGUCACAUUAUGUGUGACUAUAUAGUGUAGGCUAAGUCAACCCAACAGUCUUGAGGUGCUCUCUAUACAUAUAUAGUGCAUUAUUAAAGCUUUUUACACCUUGCAUUUAUAAUGUCUGUUACCAAAAGCAUAUUGAGACUAGUGGUUGUAUUUGCCAUACAGUGUCGCUGCACAGUUUUCUGUUGUGUUUAGUGUCAUUGCUGUCAUGUAGGUGGGUCAUGAUGGUAAACAUUUUGGAAAUUAAAUACAUAUUUUUGGGAAUGGUCUCUUGGGGUACCAUGUGGAUGUACUUUGUCUGACAUCUGAAUGUUUUACAGAUCAUUCAAGUGCACUUUGUGUGUAAUCAGUUUGUGUGGUGGAAGAGCGAAUCGUCCAUCAACUCUAACCCCGUGGUUGAAUUGAGUUGAAAAAACUAGGAUAACAAAAAUAGAACAAUACUUUACUUUUUCAUGAUAUACAAUAUCUAAGACAAUAUUUCGUUUUUCCUUAGUUCUUCCUCAGUUUAGAAGUUAGAUCAGACCAAAUGCACCAGCAAAACAGUAGUGCCACAUUUAAAAUCUCUGUUUGCAAAAAUAAACUAUUUAAGAAAAAAUUGUAAACAAUUUUUAGUGUCCUAAAAGUAGACAGUACCCACAGUAUACUUUGAAAAGUGCAUCCUGAAUUUUCAUGUUAAUAUACACCAUAUGGCCAAAAGUAUGUGGAACCCAUCCUAACUAUUGAGUUCAGGUGUUACAGCCACACCCAUUGCUAACGGGGGUAUAAAAUCUAGUUCAGUCAUGCCAGACUAACAUUGGCAGUAGAAUGGGUCAAACUGAUAAGCUCGGCGACCUUAAACAUGGCACUGUCAUAGGAUGCCACUUUGCCACAAGUCAGUUCUGCCCUGCUAGAUCUACCCUGGCCAACUGUAAGUGCCACAAAGCGGCAGACCAUGCAAACUCACAGCACCGAGUAUUGCUGAGUGCUGAAACGUGAGGUAAAAUGUAUUGAGUUCCAAACUGCCUCUCGAAGCAACAUCAGCACAAGAACCUUGCAUCAGAAGCUUCCUGAAAUCGGUUUCUAAGCCUAAGAUCACUAUGCGCAACGCCAGCAGUUGGCUCAGUAGUAUAAAGCAUGUGACCACUGGACUCUGGAACAGUGGAAAUGUGUUGUCUAGAGUGAUGAGUCCCUAUCUGGCAGUCUGAUGGCUGAAUCUGGGUCUGGUGGAUGUCAGGAAAAUGCCAAGUCCACAAUGCAAGGUCCAUAAAGACAUGGUUUUGUGGGUUUGGUGUGGAGGAGCUCCAAUAGCCUGCACAGGGGCCUGACCUCAUCCCCACUGAACACCUUGGGGAUGAGUUGGAACAUUGUUUGUGGGCAAGAUCUUCUGUUCUGACCUCACAACUCCUCUUUGACUGAAUGGGCACAUAUUCCUACAGACACACUCCAAAAUCUCAUGGAGAGGCUUCCCAGAAGAGUGGAGGCUGUUAUAGCAGCAAAGGAAAGGCUCCAUAUUAAUGCCAGUGGUUUUGGAAUGGGAUGUCCAACUAAUUCAUAUAGGUGUCAUGAUAAGGUGUCCACAUACUUUUGACCAUAUAGUGCAUCAUUGUAUAGCCUGUUCUCCAGCUCAUUAUUAUAGAUGAGCAGUACAAAUCAAGUAAACUGGAGAAAAUCUGAAAGUGAUUUCUAGAGCAUUCACAUUUGCUAGAUCCCUGGUGCAUUAGGGGUGCUGAUCCAAACAUAUUUUAGUGCCAGAGUACAAGAAAAUGUGGUACCAUAGCUUAAGGUACAAGUAAUUUAGUAAUUGUUGCUCACUACAAAACAGGUGAAGAAAAGUGAAAGGUGCACCAUACCUCCCUCGCCCAAAAAAACAGGCCAUUAUGUACUGUGACACACAAACACGUUGUGCAGAAGCUUUGCGUAAAAUAACUGAACUUCACACAACAAAAUUCCCAUAAUAUUUCCUUAUCAUGACAGUAUCCCCCACAAAGAAAAGGCAACAUCUCAUAAGAAGAACAGUCCUUGUUUCUGCAGUAAAAGAAAACAAACACUCUAAACUCUGCAUUAAAAUACCUACAUAUGUAGUUUUGUAUGUAGAUACACUAUAGAUCUUCACUAAUAUAUUGUAUACAAUAAUUAAUAAUGUAUAAUUAUAGAGUAGCCACUGUGAAAAGACCAAAGCAUUGUCCAAUAUAAUAUGAUUCUGGUUGUUUUUUUCCAUCAUUACGUGGUGUGUCACUCAGUGUGAAUGCUCCUUGUGGCUAUAAAUAUAUAUAAAGUAAUUUUUUUAUUAACAGUAUUUGUAUGAAGCCAUUAUAGUGUAUAUUUUUCAUGCUGUAUAUUUCUUGUACCUACUGAGUGUUUUUUAAUAAAAUCCAGCAAAUAAAUGUUGCUUUGAGGAACGU